AUGACAACGUCUACCGACGCCCCAGCGUUUACCGCUGACCUUCCGACCCUCCUCUCCAUUGCCGCCGCCCUCUCCAUCAUGCCCCUAUCCUACCUCCUAGGCACCACCCUCAUCCCAUCCAACCAACUCCGCAACCGCCUUCUCUUCUUCUGGCACGCCUACGAUGCCGGAACCCAUCUCCUAAUCGAAGGAUCAUUCCUCUACCACUGCUUUUUCAGCUACAAGCAGCUUGCGCCUGGAGAAACCAUCCCAGGAGUCUAUGGACCACCAUACUUCCUCAACAGGCCUGAUAGAGCUUACGGUGCCGCUUACGGUGUGGGAGCCAGUGCUAGAAUGUGGCAGGAGUACGGCAAGGCGGAUGCGCGCUGGCUCGGCGCUGACCUGUGCGUCGUCUGCCUGGAGAUAUUGACGGUGUUUAUCGGCGGGCCGUUGGCGGUGUAUAUCUGCUACUUGAUUACCAGAUCUUCGUCGACGAGCAGCACAACUGCGUCCAAGGCGAAGUACUCUAGCUGCAUGUGGUUUUCAUGCAUUAUCUUGGCCGUGGGAGAGCUGUAUGGUGGGUUCAUGACCUUCGGACCGGAGUGGUUCUCGGGAAGCGUUGGUUUGGAGACGAGUGACCCGGUCUAUCUGUGGCUAUACCUUGUCUUCUUCAACGUCCUUUGGGUAAUUGUUCCACUCUGGGUGCUUUUUGUUGCCUAUGGAGAGAUCAAGGCUGCUUUUGCGACUGCUGCUGUUGCGAAUGGACAAUAUGCUAAGAAGCUUAACUGA